UCGGAGAAACUGCUCAAGCCCUCUUACAUGUCGAAUUUCAGCCGGAGGAAACCAAAAAGGAGCCCAUUAACGAAGCUUUGAGGCCAAUGGCAUUGCAGGACACCUUAAGCAUAGACGGGGAGAGCCUCGAAUGUCUCUUAAAGAAUGGCUUGGGUUCACGAUGCGGUUCUAUAUAUCAAAAAUGGAUGGCCCAAAGAAAAGCCGACGAGAGAAAAUUUGAGGUAGAUGAAAAAAUGGAGUCCUCUCGAAAGCAAAAGGAUGUGGACGAUAUAAUGAAACGACUCCGAACCUUGAUGCCUUUUGCUCUCGUCAAGGUUUUGGCUGACUUUGAAGAAGGCCUUCGGGACGCUGUCUUGGGAAACAGGCUCAGAUCUUUGGGUAACAUUAACCCAGAGUCGGCAUAUCGCGAAA